AUGUACAAGCGCCGGAUGCCCACCGACACGCCGCUCAAGAGCCUGGGCCAGGUCGUGGUCGCCGCGUUCAGGAAGGUCAGCGUGCGCGUCCCCACCGACGCCGGCCUCCUCUACGAGGUCCACGACAAGAUCGAGCAGCCCAAGAUCGCGCACACCGACGAGUUCGGGUUCCUUGACAAGGCGGCGGUGGUCGCGGAGUCAGACCUGGAGGAGGUGACGAACGACGCGGCGGCGGCGGGAUCAUCGUCGUGGAGGCUCUGCACGGUGACGCAGGUGGAGGAUCUCAAGAUCCUGCUGCGCCUGCUCCCGAUAUGGGCGACCAAACAUCGUCUUUGUCGGCGGCGUCUGUAUGUUGAACACCACGUUUCAGGCGGCGAGGCGGCCGUGAUGGACAUGCGGGUGAUGUCGCCACCGCCCCGGCCGUGUCCAUGGUGUCUCUUCGAGGUCUUUGUGCGUCUGGCGUGGGUGCUCAUCUCCACGGCGCCGUGA